AUGGAAUCCUGGCCCGCACCGGAGAAGCCGUGGCAACGGUUACAUCUGGAUUACGUCGGUCCGCUGGAUGGGAACUAUUUUCUCGUUCUGGUGGAUUCGUUCACCAAAAUGGCCAGAAGUCGUACGAACCAAGGAGAUUACCACCACAGCAACCUUGCGAAUCCUUCGUGGCAUCUUCGCAAAAUACGGUCAGCCGUCCAAUGGACUAGGAAGGAAACCCUCGAGGAAGCUAUCGAUACCUCUCUUCUGUGCUACAGAAGAACACCCUGUCGCAGCGCACCCUGUGGGAAAUCUCCCGCUGACCUGAUGUAUGGACGUCCGAUCCGUACGUCCCUGGAACUACUUCGCCCGCCUACGCCGUUCUACAAGUUACCUAGUACUAAACAGGAAAAGCAAUUCAACCGAAAGCACGGUGCGAAAGCUCGAAGUUGCGAUUCACAAGAUCUCGUCUGGGCUAAGGUCUACGCAGCCAACAAAUAG